AUGGCCCCUGUCUCCGCCGUUGGCAUCAAGCGCUCCGCACCGAGCGACCAUGAAAAGCAGCCUAGUGUCUGGUGCAAGGGGGCGUCAUCGCACCAGGCACACCAGAGCACUUUGAAGGGCAAGCAAGUGGCCGACCCUAAAGACUAUGGUGGCAACGAAGCUAACGAGCGGAAGCAGCGUCGGCGUCUUGCCAUCGACAUCAACGAGGUUCCCCAGAAUGAAGACGACGACCUCGACAACCUUCUUCAUGCCGGGGCCCCCACUGCAGGUGGUAUGUGCUCCCAGCCGCCGCACUGGCUGCUCUCACUCGUGAACAAGAAGCAAGCACAGGAGGACGAGAUACUGGAGCUUGCAGAGCAGCGCUUGCGCAUGGCCACAAAGGAGCUGAUGGAGGAAAUGGAGCUGAAGAAGAUGCGGCUGGAGAAUGAGAAGAUGCGGCUGGAGAACAUCCGGCUCAUGGUGCAGAUCAAGCGCAAGGAGUUCGAGCUCAGCGUUGCCAAGCCGAAAAGGAUCUAG